CCUAGUGGGCGUCUGUAAUAGCCACAGUCUAAGGUGUGGUUAUCGCUAUUCAAACAGUCUUCGCUGUCGUUCAUGUCAAAGUUCGCUCUCCAAGGACUUUUGCACGGAUACCCGAAGUGAGGAUAGCCCGACACGGAAAUGCAAGACUUUUGAGCAUGUUCCGUGAGAUACACUGUCCUCUCUUUACAUCUCAAUCUAUCGUGCCUGGGAGGUCGUAACUAGCAGCCGACCACAGUCCCCAUUGAUUCCCCUACAUAGGAGUGUGAAGAAGACAUGGAAUUUUAGUCCGCAUUUUUCUGCCUUUGACGAGGGGCGACCGCGCCUUGCUUGGAGUUUCGCAGGAGUUUUCCUAUGUGAAAUGUAUCAUUGAUUUUAAUGUUUUCUGGCUCUCUUCCCUCCAAGACGGUAUUUCUGUUCACAUUGGCUGCUUUCCCUGCGUUUACCUUUGAUCGAUCCCCUGGAUGGCCGGACAGCGAUUUGCAUUGGCCUUCAGCUGGUAUUCUGAAUGUAUUGACCGCAGCAGUUGUAUUGCAUUCGAUCUUACUGUCUGAUCAUAUCCAAUCUCAAUCCCUUAAACCCGCAGAAAUUACAGGAGACUCCAGUUCGCGUUAGAUCGCGUCAUGGCAAUGGUAGUUAGUGUGUGGAGAGAUCCACAGGACGACGGGGUGGGGGGUACCCUGAGCGGCCACAACCCACUCGCUCAGCCGAUUAGAGACACCCGCCUGGCCGCUUCGGCAGCACCGCUCACGCCGCAAACUGGACCCCCUUCAACGCCUGGGACCGCGGAGGACAACAAGAGCUCAGGCCCUAGCUCUGGGCAAGCUCAUAUUGAAUGCACGGUGUGUGGAGACAAAUCCAGCGGAAAGCACUACGGCCAGUUUACGUGCGAAGGAUGCAAAAGUUUCUUCAAAAGGAGUGUGCGCAGAAACUUGAGCUAUACGUGCCGGGCCAACAGAAGCUGUCCAGUGGACAUGCACCAUCGGAACCAGUGCCAAUACUGUCGCUUUAAGAAAUGUUUAAAAGUUGGGAUGAGACGGGAAGCGGUUCAGAGAGGAAGGGUGCCUCCAACCCAACCGGGUCAAGGCCACUACGCGCUGGCCAACGGUGACCCCCUCAACGGCCACUGCUAUUUGUCCGGAUACAUCUCCCUUCUGCUCCGCGCGGAGCCUUACCCGACUUCCCGCUACGGGAAUCAGUGCAUGCAGCCCGGUAACAUCAUGGGCAUCGAGAACAUCUGCGAGUUGGCGGCCCGACUGCUCUUCAGCGCCGUGGAGUGGGCCAGGAACAUUCCCUUCUUCCCGGACCUGCAGAUAACGGACCAGGUGUCUUUGUUGAGACUGACGUGGAGCGAGCUGUUCGUGCUGAACGCAGCGCAGUGCGCCAUGCCCCUCCAUGUGGCCCCGCUUCUGGCCGCCGCGGGACUCCACGCCUCGCCCAUGACCGCGGACCGGGUCGUGGCCUUUAUGGACCACAUCCGCUUUUUCCAGGAGCAGGUGGAGAAGCUGAAGGUCCUUCACGUCGACGCAGCCGAGUUCAGCUGUGCCAAAGCUAUCGUGCUCUUCACUUCAGAUGCCUGCGGCCUGUCGGACGUGGCUCAUAUCGAAGGCCUCCAGGAGAAGUCUCAGUGUGCCCUUGAAGAGUACGUGAGAAGCCAGUACCCCAACCAGCCAACGCGCUUUGGUAAACUUUUACUGCGUCUCCCUGCCCUCCGCAUGGUGUCCUCCUCAGUAAUCGAGCAACUUUUCUUCGUCCGGUUGGUAGGUAAAACACCUAUCGAGACGCUUAUCCGAGAUAUGCUGCUGUCUGGAAGUAGUUUCAGUUGGCCAUAUAUGUCCAUGCAAUGACACUAACCAGAGUGGACUAUAAAUUAUGGGGAACUGACUGCGAGCAGGUGAUAAGGCAACAUCCGAUAUUACACAAAAAUAUUUGUGUCGCUUUCUCGUGGAGGAAUGACAAAAAAAAGACUUGACCUAUGUUGCAGUCAAUCUUAAUUUACACAAGCACUUGUUUUUUGUAGCGUGGAAUGCUAAAAACAGUUAUGUUCACUUUCUUUUUUUGUACAAAGUUUAUUAAAAAUGUGCAACAGAUUCAAGAUUCGAUAUGAAACAAAUGUCAAUCGUUAAAAUGUCCUUCGUCAGUGUCUUUUAAAAACGACUCUUUGUUGUACACAUGUUUUAAUGUAGUUUAAUUAUUUGUUUCAUACUUUAAAUAAAUAAAUAUUGUUUCAAAUGAAACUUUUGAAACCGAAGCAAAAAGGAUAUACAAAACAAACUGUGUGCGCUUUGGAAAUAGUACGUGGUCGGAACUAAUGCUUUGAAAAUGCAACUUCAGACUUACCUCAUUAACGUUUAAAGGCGAGGACAAUGGAUUCAUAAAUGUAUUUAUUUGUCACUAUUUGUAUAUUUAUUUCCUUGCUUAGAUGUUUGUUCAGUGAUAACUCAACUUCCCUUGGGUAUUUAAAUCUUGUGAAGGACUACCCACAGUGGCACUUGUAACAGCUGUUUGCAGUGUCUUUUCAAUUAACCCAUUUUGUUUUAUAAUCUGUUUAUCUUUGAUAUCUUCUUACAGCUAACACUUGUUUGCAAUAAUAUGUGGUUGAGCAAUGUACAGUAUUAUGUGCCUGAAUUGUAAAGAUAUGGUCCUGCAAUUAAAUCAUUGCCAUUGAUGAUUCAAUCGGGCUCAACGAGAGGAGCUGCAUUGGUUUGAUGUACAGAGCAACAUUUCAUUAAACAGAUUUUUGGGUCCAG